UUAUUUUUAUAUAAUGGAUGGUGAAAAUUUGUUUAAUAUAUUUCUUCAAACACACACACUACAACUUCAAUCUUGUGGUGUUCCACAAUUAUUCUGGGAAAGUCUGUACAAGAAAUUAAAAAAUCAAAUUUUUGAUUCUGACCUUGUCUUCCAUUUGGCAAAGGUAGACUAUGAGAAUGAAAAAAGACAUGUUACAGAGCCAAUUUGGAAACUAAUUGUAUCUGCAGAAAAUGGUAUCUCUAUACAAGAUCCAAAUAACAUUUAUUUGAUUGAUCAUGCAUGGAGCUAUGAUAUUCGUAAUGCUCAACAAAAUUUAAUCCAAGUACCUAAUCUGCUUAAUCGUAUGUGCUUAUUGAUGGGCAUAGAUAUUGAAGCUGAGGAACAGGAAAAAAUUGAAAAUGUUAUGAGGGAAAUGUGGCGAUACAAUCAGUCGUAUUCAAUAAAUUAUGCAGCAAUAGAGGAUAGAAUGCCAAUAUGGUAUAUUAUGGAUGAAGUUGGAUCGGCGAUAAAUCAUAGUAAUGAACCUAAUUUUAGAGCAGUGCCUUUUUUGUAUAUGCCAGAAGGUGUUACUUAUACACUUCUAUUUCCUAUAAAAAAUAUUGGUGCAGGAGACGAAGUUACAAGAGAUUUUGUAGAAAAUCAGACAAAUGAUCCUCAAAAGAGAUGGGCAUUAUUACUGCCUUGGAUUGAUAGUGUUUUUGAAGAAAGUUUUGAACAGACUGAGCCAGAUGUAGAUUACUUUUUAGGAGAUUAUUGUUAUGAAAGCUUGUCAGAAAUGAAAACUGAACUAAAGGCAGAUACUAAUAAAAAAUUGAAAGUUUUUUCACAUUAUGAUAAUGUAAUUAAUUAUUUGACAGAUCCAGCAUUUGAAAUCACUGACAAUGAAGAAGAGGCAGAUAUAUUCUGGCUUACGUCUCACUACAAAAUGUAUAAAGAAUUGAGCCUUUCUUUGCCUCAUGUUUUUGUAAAUCAAUUUCCAUACGAACAUGUUUUGACAAGAAAAGAUCUAUUGUCAGUUGUAUGUAGAAGAAAAGUAGCGAAAGAUAAAUUAUAUGAUCCAGAUACUCUAGAAACUUAUCCAGCAUGGUUACCGACAACAUAUAACUUGAGUACAGAGUUGGUGCAGUUUGUUGUUUACUUUACACAGCGAGCAGAUAAAAAUUUGGAUAAUCAUUGGAUUUGCAAACCAUGGAACCUGGCGAGAGGCUUGGACACCUAUAUCACGAAUAAUCUCUAUCACAUUCUGAGAUUACCUUGCACAGGGCCUAAAAUUGCACAGAAGUAUAUCGCGCGACCAGUUUUAUAUAACAGGCCAGAUAUCAAUCAAGUGAAAUUUGACAUAAGAUACGUUGUAUUACUCAAAUCGGUAAAACCAUUGCGAGUGUACGCUUACGCGAAUUUUUUCCUGCGUUUUGCAAAUCUACCAUUCGCGCUGAACAAUUUUGAUGUAUACGAGCAACAUUUCACCGUCAUGAAUUAUAUUGAGGAGGAUGCGCUUUUUCAUUUAAAAUGCGCCGAUUUUAUCGUGGAAUGGGAAAAUCAGUAUCCCAACUAUCCAUGGAAAACCUAUGUUGAACCAAAGAUUCUUUUCGUUUUACAACAGGUUUUCGAAGCCGCAACCGCGCAACCACCGCCAAAAGGAAUCGCUGAAAAUCCGCAAAGCAGAGCCGUGUAUGCCGCCGAUUUGAUAUUGGAAUGGAAGGAUUCCGAAAUGCAGCCUAAAUUAUUGGAAAUAAAUUUUACGCCAGAUUGCAAGCGAGCGUGCGAAUAUUAUCCAGAUUUCUACAAUGAUGUCUUUAAAUGUCUGUUCUUAGAUAUUGAUAAUCCAGAAGUCUUUCAUAUAUUAAAUUGAACUAUGAUAAGAUCGUUUGGCUUCAUUAAAGGAAAAAAAAAGCCAAAGUAUGGGCGGAAUGUUGCGGUAGAUCGGAUUUAGCCACAAAAUCGAAUGCAGAAUUACAUUUAAAUUAU